AUGGAGCUGCCGGCCUGCGACGUGUGCCUGCCUUGUACACGCAGCUGCCCGCCCGGAGAGGUGGUGCUACAGAAAUGCAGCCAGACAACUGACACUGAGUGCGGCCUACCCAGGACAGCAGGCCACACGGCCGACUCCUGUUGGUUGGACUUGGUCGUCGCCGUGAUCGUCGUGGUCAUCUUCGUGUGUGUACUGACCGUGACUGUUGUGUUCUUGAGGUCCUGGUGGCGAAGCCAGCUGGAGAGAGGAAAUGCUGACCAGAAGAUACCGAUGAUACCAAAUGCAAAAAUGAGCCUCCUUUCAAAAAUUAAGGAACUUGGUCUAGAAGAAUUCUUUCAGUCAAGUUUAUCAGAAACGGAACAAAGUAAAAUCUAUUAUUUGUUCGCCUCCAAAGUCCCUCUCGAGAAGUGGAAGCAGUUUAUGCAUUACCUGGGACUGGAGGACAAUGAGAUCCACAGCGUGACGCUCUUCCACUGGGACUCCCUAGACGAUCAGCGUUUCGAGAUGCUCCGCAAAUGGAACUAUAAAUUAGGGAAGGAGGCCACGGUUUUUAAGGCCCUGGCAACCUUAGUCGAAAUGGGCUUAGGAAAAUCGGUCGACACCAUCCUCGGUGCAUUAAGGGAGAUGAAACUCGGCGGCGGUUACCCGGCCCACACCGAACUGGCAGGGCCCGAACUCUUCCAUUCCUGCUCCUCGAGCGGGGACCGUGGCCCCGGGGUCUGCUGAACCGGAACACCGACCCCGGGACCGAAUCCUGCGCGGGCUGGCCCGGGCUCACCGGGGCUAGUCCAACGCGGCUGAUCUGGGAUCGCCCUCCCCUUUCAGAUCUGUCCGACCCCUGCUCUCCCCCGCUACUGGAUACUCCAGCUCUCUCGGGAGGCCUUCCCCAAUUAAUCCCAUUUACUGAGUGCUUACUCUAGGCAGAACACCGGGUCCUCUGAGCUGGAGAGGCAGCAUGGCACAGUGGAUAGGUCGUAGGCCCGGGAGUCA